AGCGUCUUACUUGAAAAAGUUAAUAAACACAAUGUAAAAUAAGGUCAAAGAAAGAAAUUGCACUUAAACGUUUGUUUCAACGCGUCGUUUAAAUAUGUCAUGUGACCUGUACAAAAUGGCGGAGGACAUUAACCGCCGGGACGUCACCUGAGGGAAAAACUCAGCUUCAAAUACAUGACAGGAGGUGUGAUCAAUUAUCGAUUGUAUCGACACAGUUAUUGAAGGGAAUACAGUUCAUUUCGGAAGUUUUAAACGCGUUUAGUUCUUCAUUGUGAAAAAAGUUUAAGUGACCUUACUUGAAUAAUAGUAUUGAAUUGGUAUUUGGACGGUAUUGUUAUACAGUUUAGCCAUAUCUGUGGUUUAACAAGCAUGACCAUAUAAACACGGAAAUGUUCAGUAAAAUGGAUUAAAACUUCAACAAAGUGCCAUCAUCUACCAUCCUCAUUUAGAAUUUUAAUUCCUCGUUCAGCUGGCCUGCGAGAUACAACAUGGACAAUCCUGGAUUUACCGACAUCAACAAAUCCCAGAGUAAUGGGUCUGCAAAUGGUCACGCGACACCCGAGAAGACACCCGCGCGACCCAGCUGCCUGUCACGUCUCAGAAACAUGAUAAUUCAUGGGCUUGAAAUGAUUUUCUUCAGAGUGGGGAUGACCAUUGCAACUCAUCCUGUCCAGACAAUCAUACUCAGCAUUAUCCCGCCUCUACUGCUGUCCAUCGGUAUCAUGAAGUUCAAGUUUAACGAGGACUUCGCGGAACUCCUACUUCCACCAUCCUCUCGGAUCUUCGAUGACCGCGCGUGGGUUCGCGAGCACGUGCCAUUUGAGCAGCGGCCCAUCCGGCUCAUCCUUAAGAACGAGAACGUCCUUAGCAAGGAAAGCAUUCUAGCGUUAUACGACUUCCACACCAAGAUAGAAGGGCUGCAGGUUCAUGGAAACUAUACGUUUGAGACCAUGUGUGUAAGAAUCCUGGGCCAAUGUUUCGUUGACAGUUUGCUGGCCCUCUGGUUUAACCACCUGGAGCCGUUAGAGAAACUCACGGACGAAAAGAUCAUAUAUGAGAUCAACACCGUCGAGAAAAACCCUACAUAUUUCAUGGACUUCAACGCGACCCGGAUGUUGGGUUUGAUCGAGCGGAACUCUUCGGGACACAUCAUGAAGGCGGGAGUCAUGCACGCUGAUUGGUUCAUUCAAUCAAGCACUGAGUUACGGCCGAUCGCCAAAGAGCUGGAAUAUGCGGCCAUUGACCUCGCACUGGGUGGCCACCCGGCCUUCAGUCUUAUCAGUGUGUUUACGAUGGACUCGUACGCGGAGGAGUUUUUUGGGGGCGUGUACGGCGACAUCAUUCUGAUUGUGUACGGGUUCCCGGUAGUGCUGGUUUACAUCAUCAUGGCGCUGGGCAAACCGAACCUCACUGAACACGGUGUUUUCCUGACUCUAGCGGCAAUUGUGGGUGUGAUCCUCUCGGCUGGGGCGUGCUUCGGGAUCGGGUUGGCAUGCGGCUUCCUGUUCGGGGCGCCACACCAGGCUCUCAUCUUCCUGCUGCUUGCGGUUGGAGUGGACGAUGCGUUUGUGAUCAUCACCACGUGGACGCGCAUCAACAAGGCGCAUAUGAGGCGGCCUAUCGAGGAGCGGGUCGCCAUAACUAUGCAGCACGCGGGUGUCUCUGUCACUGUCACGUCAUUCUCAGACCUCGUAGCGUUCGCUUGCGGGAUUUCUACGCAAAUGCCCGUGCUCAAAUCCUUCUGUAUCUACUGCUCGUUCGGGAUAUUGUUCCUGUUCCUGAUGCAGUCAACACUCUUCCCGGCAUGCCUCACACUCAAUCAACGCCGUAUUGAGGCGCGGCGGGACGCGCUGGUUCCCUGUAUACAAUACUCUCCGGACUACGAGCCUAUUGCUUGUAGCCAGAAAAACAGUGUCAAAGCCGGGAUCAAGAAGUUUUUUGCGCCCUUGCUAUUAUCAAAAGUUGGAAUGGCGUGCGUUUUAUUGGCGACCCUUGGUGUUGCUGCGUUGAUGGGGUUCAGUGUCAGCAGUCUCAAGAAAGGGUACGAGCUGGAGAAGAGUCUUCCGGCGGACUCCUAUACCCGGGCUUUCCUCGAGUCACAACGCCUGUUCUUUUCUGCGGAGGGACCAGGCAUCCAGACGUUCUGUGGUCCUAUGGACUACCACCAGAAGCUGCCUAUCCUAGACAGGAUGUGCAAUACCUACGUGAACAGCUCUUAUGUCAUGUACGGGCUCGUGGGUAACUGGAUUCCGGUGUACAAGAUGUAUGUGGGGCUCUUUCACCCCUUUAAGCCCAAAAAUGAAGACGGUAUACCAGAAGACGAAGACGAGUUCUAUAUCACGGUGAAAAAAUUCUUUGAAAGCCCGCUUGGCAUACCUUUCUCCAAAUACAUCGAGUUUACUGACGACACAGUGCCAAGGAUUAGCUGGUCGUAUUUCCCGAUGCAGCAAAUUGUCUCGACAGACGUGUGGGAGAAUGAACACAUCAUGGAAGUGGUCCGCGGAAUAGCAGACGACACGACCAAGGAGCUUGGAGGCGGGAAAUGUUUCUGCUACUCCGUGUUUCAUAUAUUCACCGAGGUUAUCCGGUACGUGGACACGGAGAUUAUGAGGAACUUUCUCCUUGCGGGCGUGGCCAUCUUUCUGGUCACACUGUUGCUGAUUGUUGACAUUGUAACCAGCCUAUUCGUACUCGUAUGCGUCUGUCUCACUACGCUUGAUAUCAUGGGAACCCUGGAACUGUGGGGCUUCUAUCUGGAUGUCAACAUGGUGGUACUAUUGAUCAUAUCUAUAGGACUGGCGGUGGAUUUCUCUGCACACAUCGGCUACACAUUCAUGACGCUCACAGGAACGCGAAAAGAACGUGCAACCCAUACAAUAGAGCAAAUCGGUCCGGCCAUCUUGCACGGAGCAGUCACUACUUUUCUUGUGUUUUUCGUUCUAAUCUUUGGCAGGUCGCUCAACCAGUUCUUCGCGGUGUUCAUUCUGGUGGUAGUGUAUGGUUUAUGGCACGGGCUGUGUUUCCUCCCGGUGGUGCUCUCUUUGCUUGGACCCGAGCCCUACUAUAACGCCGGACCAGUAGGGACGUUGACUUCCGCCUUCCCGCCAACUUUAGAUCAGGACAUGCCGAAGAAGUCCGAUAACGAUUCAGUUUGGAUAGACGAGCCGACGAUAAUACCCCCAACAGAAGACGUGGAGUCAAAAGACAGCCAAGUUACCACUAAAUCUUCAUUCGGUCUUGACAGUUCAAACAUUCGUUACGGCGCAAUGGAUGGCGGAAGUGAAGAAGCACCGGCAGUUAACAAUGACGUCACCUCCGUUGCAAAAGAAGUUCAGAAUACCGAUUUAUGACGGGUUUAAUGCAUAUUCUUGUUGUUGCAGAUGCGUAUAAUUUUGAAACAGCAUAUUCGUCGUUAGAUUCACAGCUCUCACUGUUUAUGUUCAUAGUGUAUUAACUUCAUUCAUAUUGAAUCAUCAACACUUAAAUGAACGAAUCUGUUCGUUUUGACUAAAGGGCCAAUUAUUCUGCCUUUAUCAUAGGACUUGUUGAACGCAUCCCUAUUGUAUACACAAUUAACGGCAUUUGUUAAUUGGCUUUUCUGUAAGCAGGAGCAGGAUAGUCUAGCUUCCGAGAUCUAUUGCAUUUAUUAUUUAAUUUGUAUUCAGUUACUUGUGUUUUUAUGGACAGUAGGGGCCCAAUGACCAUGAAAAUACACAUUCAAAAUCUGUCUCGCAUAGCAUGCACACAAAUGGAGAAUCACGAAUACCAGGCCGCCAAUGACAAGAUCUCCGGAUGUUUUAUAAAUAAAUCUUAAUGUACUUAAUCUUCGCCACAUAAUUCAAUGUAUGUUAGUUUUUAUAUAAGCACUUAUACAUGUUUUGCACAAGGGUAAAGCUAUAAAGACUAUAGUGCCUGAAAGACAUACGAAUCUAUAAAAAAAUAUUGUUAAAAGUGUGAAAAAAAGCCGCCAUAUUAACUUGUAAUGAUAUUACAUAAGUGUUUCAUUGUGUUAGGUAUCCAUUGCUCUCGACUUUUCAUAGAGAAAAAUGACGUUCAGCGUUAUAAUGGUAUUGUUGUUUUAUUUCCGCCCUCCGAUUGGACAAGUGCGACAUCGUUUACCAAUUAUAAACGACGUUCCUUAAUGCCCAUACUUAUUUCACCGUUAAGUUUUAACUGAAAUACCUUAUUUCUUAGAUUUAAAACGGUUCAAACCAACAGAGAAAAACUGUAUAUAGAGAAUACUAGGUUGGUGCUGUGGAUGGAGGAAGUUUAUCUGGCAAGAUGGAGGAUAAAUUCCGCAGCCGAGCCAGAUAAACUUUCUCCAUCCACGGCACUAACCCAGUAUUCUAUUUAUCCUGUUACUUCGUUAUUCAAACACUAUAAAUAACCUUAAAAUUAUUACGUAUUUAAAAAUAAGGGGGACAACUGUUUUUCCCUGGUGACGUCAGCAUACUAGGUAACCAUGUUUAAAUCGCCCAACAAAAUAGUUCUCAAAAAUAUUCAACUUUAUCAAUACGCUUAUAGUCAAAGUCAUUGCAUUUUAAUAUGUAAAUAUCAAUUUAAAACAUAGAAAAGCUUUUCAAAGUGAACAAACAUGGAUCAGUCACCAAACAUUAUCUGCAAGUGACAGGAUAAAGAUUGAUAUGCAGUGUUCGAGCAUUCAUACAGUAUGGGCGUUGAGGCGCGGUUUUGCAAUGGUUACAAACCAAUCAUUUCAUGCAAUCCUUAAAUAAAUGGUCAAAUUAUUUGUGCAAAUCAUUCUACGUAACGAAAUCUGGUUGACAUUUGCAAUUUGAAUGAAAGCCAAUGGUUACGAAAACCGUUGUAUAGUUUCAUUCAUGUUUAUACAUCACAAACAUGCUGUAAUCAAAAUGUACUUUAUUGUUGUUAUUUGUGUUCAUACGUUCUUCUACGAAUCUCAUUCUGUUAUAUUCUCAAUGAACACGAAAUCUCGGUUUAUUUAGAUUUAAUGUAUUAAUAAGAAUAGUGGUAUUUUAUGCUUGUUUGUUUUUAAGAAAAUAUUAUUCAAAUAUUGUAUUUUGAAAUAAAAGAAUUAGAAACGUG